AUGGACGCCGACAAUCUUAUCAAGAUUGUACGAGGGCUGGACCAGAGCGGUCCUGGUGAGGACGGAGGGAAUUUGGACCUCCUCUGGUCCAAGCUGGUCACAUCCUCGGAUGAAUCAUUCCAUGCCGCCGAGGAGAGCACGCUCCGAUGGCUGCUCAAAUCCAUGAACGGUAAUGCGACGGCCGCCGAAGCUAUGCGCCGCCAUCCAUUGACCUGGACCAUGCUGGAUUGUGUAUUCACACGGAUCCCCCUCUUCUCUCUCGCCAAGUCUCUGGCAGAUAGAAAGUUCGUCGCAGUCCUCCAACAAACUUUCAAGGACAUCGCGACUGUCGCCGGCGACACCACUCAGCACACCGCCAAGAAGCGAAAACGAACAUCGUCCGCACAGUUUGGCAGCGAAGAAACGAAACAGCCACCCGGGUGCCUUGUUACUGCGGCGUCGUUAUUCAACACGCUGAAAUCGCUACUGAGCCGCCUCGACGACGCGACAGCUACGACCGCCCGAGACAACAUUGGUGCUGAGCACAUUAGAUCCUUGUUCUGUAUGUCGGCUACAGAUACGGCUGCACUUCUGGCGCCCGCGUUUCUCGUCUGCCAGACCCUUAUUGAGACGGAAAUGUACGACCUAGAAGGCGCUGAAGAAUGGGUCACGGUCGCGUCGUCGCUCUGGAACCUACAUAUGCAGGGCACUGACGACACAUCCGAGGUCGCCACACACCUAUUCACCACACCGGCCUCCAUCUUAAGCAUCUUGGAAAAUCUGUCCGAGAAGGGGACCAGCAGUGCCCCGACCGGACUAAAGACGAAAUGGAGCGCGGAUUUACAGGAAUUUCUUCAGCGCAGCUUGAUUCUUCCUUGCCGAACGACAUUCCUCAACCGACAAGACUUUGCUGCUGUUACCCGUGCGUUGGACGUAUCUCAGGCAAGAAUUCACAUGACGGCACCUUCACUGUACUUCUUAGCCGCAGCGUCCUCGGAUACGAGGGCCGAGGGCGAAAUGCGAAAAAACACCGUCGAGUGGAUGAAGCGAGUCUUUGAGGAAGUUGAAAAGGCGGUGCAUAACAAUCCUGACCGAAACACUCUAAUUGAACUUGUAAUCCGCCAAGCGAUCGAUAAAUCGACACCAAUCGACGUAAAGCAUCUGCGAGCGAUUGCCCGCGGCUACGUCUUGGAGAAAGUACCCACGGACUGGACACUGCUUGGCAGCAUUGUUACUUGUGACCCAGCAGUAUUCCAAACCAGCGGAGAUGGCAGCGAUUUGUUGGCGUCGAUCUGCCAGGAGAUUUCAAAGUGUUCUUUGAAAAAGUCUCAGCAGCCAAUCGCCGAGGUCCUUGGUGCUAUACGGCAAAGCUUCGUAAUCCGUCGCGAUCUGGUAGCAUUCUUACAGCUCUGGUUUUCGGAGCUAAGCAAGGCCGAGGGGAGCGAGCAAGUGGAACAAUCGCCAUGGUUUGGACAGGGUCCGAGGAAUUACAAGGGCGAAUGCUUGCAUGACUUGAUUGAGAAGGAGUUGAGCGCGUCUCAGCUGUCCGAGUUUGUUGGCUGGCUAGACUCACAACCCACGCAAUCCAGCCCCAACUCUCUCUGCACGAUCAACGACACAAUAGCCGAGGGCUUAAAACGAGAGACGUUUAUUGACGUGGUUGGCCUGAGACUGUUCCAAAUAACGUGGACUGCCUGUGCCGAGCUACCGGAUUUGCCUGCCAGAUGGCGCAUCAGCUCAAAAACUAUGCAAUGGGCAAAGCCUGAGGAGAAGGUUGCUAUCUGGCAGUCAUUGAAGGACAAGGUAAAGCAGACUCUAAAAAAGAGAGCCCUGGACGCCGCGGAAACCUUUGAAUGCUUCCGCUUCUGCUACAACGCGUGGGACGCUUUGGCCACGGACACCGAUACAGUCAAGGAACCAGCCAAGCUGAUACAGAAAUUCUCUGAGCGUCUUUCCAAAAAACUCAUGUCCUCGCCCUCAAUCCAGGAGAUUACAGUCCUGGACAGAGCUGAGUCUGGGGUCAGCAUAUUUGAAGAUGAAAUACCGGCGUCCUGCUAUCUUGACGUCUUCCUUUCUGGCGGUAGUCGAUUCAACCGGCUGUUCUCAAUGGCAAGCGACGACGUCUCUGAGCCUUUGAAAAAUGCAAUGACCGGCUCUGGACUAGACACUAAGGACAAGCAAGUCCUCUGGCAAAAGCUCCUCUCGAACGACAUGAAUCUCAACGAGGCAAAGCUUGCGCGAACACUAGUUGAUCAAGUUAUUGAAGCACUGGGCCAAUCUGGCAAAGAGAAAGGCUGGCUCGAUAACGAUACUACCCUCACUCUGCAGAUCCUGAGCCGCAUUCCGCUCGACAGCUUUAACCGCUGGCAACGAGAGAAGGUCAUGAAUACGCUGAAUGCGAAUACUGCUGGAAUGAUUAAAUCGCCCAAGAAGACGCUUCUAGCAUCAUGGAAACAAAUUCUGAGUCUCACAACCAAAAUGAUGACCCGAGCGACAUUCUACGACGAGAUGACAUUUGACCGUCUUGUCCAGCUGGCCGAAGCCGUUUCUGUGUGCAUUGCAAAAACAUCUCCUGGCGACGAAGAGAUUCUAGAGAUGAUCGAGCGGUUUAUACAAAUGGCGUCUGCGACGAUUCGGCAGAUGGCAGAUCAGGUGGACGAGAGAAGUACAAAGUAUUUCGGCGACUGCUCUACAUAUAUUGCCGCGGCGACCGCAAGCAAGUCUAAGAAAAUGUCCGGUCUUCAUUACUCUUUGAUCAAAUCAUUGAUUUCGGUCGUCGCCCGAUCACCAAACUCGCAGGGCAAUAAAGAGCUUACUAAACUCGUCACAGAGGGCCAAGGCAUGCUGGGUAGAGCCAUCAUGUCUGUCAUUGACCCUCUGAUCACGGCGGGGGCUCUUGCGGAGAAGCCUGGCUCGGAUGAGAGGCUACUGAUUCUGGCAGCAGCUGGUGCAGCGCCAUCGGCUGCUCCGCUGGCCCAAUUUUACAAGGGCAAGCCUGCGGCUCUACAGACAUUUGCGGACAACUGCAGCAGCAAAAUGACAGAGGGUGAUAUCAUCGCCUGGAAAGUCCAGAUUCUGUUGCGCAACGAGUUGCCUACGGCCUUCCAGUUGCCCGCCCCCAAGACCUUUGACCUGCUCUCACCCCUCCCGCAGAAGCUUCGACAUCAGCUCCUCCGUGAUUUUGCCAACUCAAUCACCAAGUCGUUCAGAGUGCAAGAAAAGGUGGCGUAUUUGCGAGACCUGGUCGACGCGAUGCGCGCCGGGUGUUUCACGGAUGGCCAGACCCUCGCUAUCCAGGAGGUUGUCAGCCAGAUUAUCGGGUCGCCAGAGUACACGGGCAAGUUUGACGGCUACGAUCUUGCCGCGGCCUACAGUGAGAUUGUGACGGUUCUCAGCAAAGCCCCCGCGCCGGGCAACGUGAACCUGUGCCGUACGCUCUACUCACUUCUCGAGCGGAAGCCGCACGCAGUCAGCCAGUGGGACGUUGAAGCCACAUUGAGCACAAUCUGCGACCUUUCUCCCGCGCAAGAAGAGUCUGACGAAACGCAAUUGCCGUAUGUCUGGCAGUGCAAGCUCACCGAUGUGAUUAUCAAGAAGCACAGGCUGCGUCUCGAAGGCCAUUAUCACCUGCUCCUGACCAUCCUGCAGACAUUGCUGGACCGGCUCGUCAUUCAUGAAAUUGGGGCAGGAGAGUCAUCGGCCUCUCAAGAGACAAAAGCACAUGCGUACGCGCGUCUCAUCACACUCGUCUGCGAGCCUACCGCAGGUGCCGUGUCUCGCACGCAGCACCAGAGCUCUCUGGACUCGGCAACGGAUGCGGCCAAGCGCUCUGCUGGCCGCCACAUGCAUCUGGUCCUCAUGCAGUACGUCAAGCUGCAGCUCACAGAAAAUGUCCCGCGGCCCAUCCGCGAGGCGCUGGAGCCUGCAAUGAACUCUAUAUUUGACAUUACACCACCAGAGGGCCGCAAGAUUCUCAACGACGCAAUGGAUGCAAGUGGCAGGGCCAUCUUGCGAGAAAUGUUUAAACGCUAUGUCAAGUUUGGUAAAUGGAGCGGAGUUUAA